CGCGCCGGGCGACUGCGAAUGCUACCGAGAAUCCCCGAUUUCAAAGCCCUAAAUUUUUUAGUACUUCCUAUUCACCACCCGCUCUUUUCCGAUCGCCUGCUCCGCCGAUCAACGCUCGUCUGUCCCCGCCUUCAAGUUAGUUCCCUCUUCGUUCCACUGCAUUUCUCCGCCUCUCUCGAAACACCGACUCCGAACCUGGAAAUCCAUGGGAGAAGAGGCGGGAAUGAGCAAAGAGAGCGGAGAAAACGACGCCGUCGAAGAUGAAGAAUGCUCCGAAGAACGCGGCCACGGUGGACAGUGGCCGGUGUUGAGAUUCGACGUCCCACCUCGGAGGGCUUACCACUUCUUCGCAGCAGUCGACUGAGCGAACCCUACCCUUAGCCCUAACGGCAGCGAGCGAGCAGCAACAACAACUUCCUUAAAGGGGUGAAAUGGUCCCCUGACGGCUCUUGCUUCUUGACAAGCUCCGAUGACAACACCCUCCGCCUCUUCUCUCUACCGCAGGAAGCAUACAGCAAGUGCUGGGACUGGGAAUCCGAUGCUUGUUUAGGCGAUCGAGGUCUGAUGUAUAACUAACGAGGACUACGAUUCCUAUAGUUCUGAUCUCAUGGUCACUGAAGCGGAGACCGUUUAUGACUACUGUUGGUACCCGUACAUGUCUUCAUCAGACCCUGCCACCUGUGUUUUCGUAAGCACUACGCGUGAUCAUCCUAUUCAUCUAUGGGAUGCCGUUACCGGUCAGCUGAGAUGCACCUACCGAGCGUAUGAUGCGAUGGAUGAAAUAACAGCUGCACUUUCGGUUUCUUUCAAUUCCUCCGGCACUAAGAUUUUUGCUGGAUAUAAUAAAUUCUUAAGAGUGUUUGACAUACAUUGCCCUGGUCGAGAUUUUGAGCAAUAUCCGCUUAAAGGCAGUGAUGGGCCUUCAGGUCUUGUAUCAUCAAUUUCCUUUUCUCCCACACAUAGUGGGCUUCUGGCAAUUGGAUCUUAUAGCAACAUGACUGCAGUAUAUGCUGAGGUUAAUAUGGAACUUUUAUAUGUUUUGCAUGGUCAAGUAGGCGGUGUUACACAGGUCUUGUUCUCAAAAGAUGGGAACUAUAUAUAUACUGGAGGACGGAAGGAUCCAUAUAUAUUAUGCUGGGAUAUUCGUAAUACUGCUGGUAUUGUUUACAAGUUGUAUCGUUCAUCAGAGUACACAAAUCAGCGAAUAUCCUUUGAUAUUGAACCCUGGGGUAGGCACCUUGGUACUGGAGGAGAGGAUGGUCUGAUUCAUAUAUAUGACCUUCAGACUGGACAGUGGGCAGGAGGAUUUCAAGCUGCCUCUGAUACCGUCAAUGGCUUUUCUUUCCAUCCAUCAUUACCUUUUGCCGCAUCCUCGUCUGGGUGCCGCAGGUUUAGCAUGGACGAUAGUUCCGAAGAGGACAUCAGUUUGACCGGUGAUGAAAAUUGUGCAUCUGUUUGGGCCUUCUCUUGUUUGACGGAGGAGGAUAACACACGUAACUCAUGAACCCGAUUCAAAAGCUUAUACAAGAUCCAAAGCUGACGAAUCUUUCUGCUGACCCAUUCUAUUGCUGUUGAAUUUUGUAUCUUAUGCGUGUUCUUACGUUGCAUUGAAGUAUGCCUGAGCUAGUUAUUUUUGCUGAUGUGAUGUAGAAGGAAGCUAAGGGUGUGUUUGACAAUUCUAAAAUAUGAUUGAGUUUGGACUAGUUA